AAUACAAACACUCUAAUAUUGUCUCUAGAAAAAAAAAAUCUCUAUAGAAAAAAAAUUCUCUCUAGAAAACUUCGCCAUGAAUCUUUCUCAAAUCACUCAGGCAAACGACAAUGACGCUCCGGCGCCGGGAAGUGUGUUUGCACAGUUCGCCGCUGGAUGCUUCUGGGGCGUGGAGCUGGCGUUUCAGAGUGUCCCCGGUGUGACUCAUACGGAGGUUGGAUACUCCCAAGGGCUCCUCCACAAUCCUUCUUACGAGGAUGUCUGCACGAACACAACUAACCAUGCAGAGGUUGUCAGGGUUCAGUAUGAUCCCAAAGAGUGCAACUUCGAGUCUCUGCUUGAUGUCUUCUGGUCUAGGCAUGACCCCACCACCUUGAAUCGCCAGGGAAAAGAUGUGGGAACCCAAUACAGAUCAGGUAUAUACUUCUACACAUCUGAGCAAGAGAAACUAGCGGUGGAGUCAAUGGAACGUCACCAGCAACAAAUGGAGAGGAAAAUAACGACUGAGAUUCAACCUGCUAAGAAAUUCUACAGAGCAGAGGAGUAUCAUCAGCAGUACCUGUCAAAGGGUGGGCAGUCCUGUGGCAUAGCCUGCAACAGUCCACUUAUGUGCAGCGCUGCUACGGCUUAAGUAUGCUGAGUUUCCUCUGCAUAAUCUUAAUAAUUAAGUGUAACAAGUUACUUUCGUUUUUCAUAUUAGAGACUAUAUAAAGGUCUAUUGAUGUUCUUGAAAUAUUGAAUGUUAAGACUUGAGCUAAUCUUAUGGAUAUAAAAAUGUUGGAUAAGGUUUCUUAUUGCCA